AUGACUGGUGAUUGUGAUGAUGAUAUUAAUGAUGAUUAUAUUGGUAAUGAUAGCAAUGAUUACAUGGUGUUAUUGUUGUUGGUGAUGGCGAUGACGGUGGUGGUGGUGGUGGUGGUGAUAAAGAUGAUAAUAUUUAUGACAAAGACUGAUGACGAUGUUACUGAUGGUGAUGUUACUGACGGUGAUGUUACUGAUGACGAUGUUACUGAUGGUGAUGUUACUGAUGAUGAUGUUACUGACGGUGAUGUUACUGAUGGUGAUGUUACUGAUGGUGAUGUUUCUGAUGAUGAUGUUACUGAUGAUGAUGUUACUGAUGAUGAUGUUACUGAUGACGAUGUUACUGAUGAUGAUGUUACUGAUGAUGAUGUUACUGAUGGUGAUGUUACUGACGGUGAUGUUACUGAUGGUGAUGUUACUGAUGAUGAUGUUACUGAUGGUGAUGUUACUGAUGGUGAUGUUACUGACGGUGAUGUUACUGAUGGUGAUGUUACUGAUGACGAUGUUACUGAUGGUGAUGUUACUGACGGUGAUGUUACUGAUGGUGAUGUUACUGAUGAUGAUGUUACUGAUGGUGAUGUUACUGACGGUGAUGUUACUGAUGACGAUGUUACUGAUGAUGAUGUUACAGAUGGUGAUGUUAAUGACGGUGAUGUUACUGACGGUGAUGUUACUGACGGUGAUGUUACUGAUGGUGAUGUUACUGAUGAUGAUGUUACUGAUGGUGAUGUUACUGACGGUGAUGUUACUGACGGUGAUGUUACUGAUGAUGAUGUUACUGAUGAUGAUGUUACUGAUGGUGAUGUUACUGAUGACGAUGUUACUGAUGGUGAUGUUACUGAUGAUGAUGUUACUGACGGUGAUGUUACUGAUGGUGAUGUUACUGAUGGUGAUGUUACUGAUGACGAUGUUACUGACGGUGAUGUUACUGACGGUGAUGUUACUGAUGGUGAUGUUACUGAUGGUGAUGUUACUGAUGACGAUGUUACUGAUGGUGAUGUUACUGAUGAUGAUGUUACUGACGGUGAUGUUACUGAUGAUGAUGAUGAUGUUACUGAUGGUGAUGUUACUGACGGUGAUGUUACUGACGGUGAUGUUACUGAUGAUGAUGUUACUGAUGAUGAUGUUACUGAUGAUGAUGUUACUGACGGUGAUGUUACUGACGGUGAUGUUACUGAUGAUGAUGUUACUGAUGAUGAUGUUACUGAUGAUGAUGUUACUGACGGUGAUGUUACUGACGGUGAUGUUACUGAUGAUGAUGUUACUGAUGACGAUGUUACUGAUGAUGAUGUUACUGACGGUGAUGUUACUGAUGACGAUGUUACUGAUGGUGAUGUUACUGAUGGUGAUGUUACUGACGGUGAUGUUACUGAUGAUGAUGUUACUGAUGACGAUGUUACUGAUGAUGAUGUUACUGAUGAUGAUGUUACUGACGGUGAUGUUACUGAUGACGAUGUUACUGAUGACGAUGUUACUGAUGACGAUGUUACUGAUGAUGAUGUUACUGAUGACGAUGUUACUGAUGAUGAUGUUACAGAUGAUGAUGUUACUGACGGUGAUGUUACUGAUGGUGAUGUUACUGAUGACGAUGUUACUGAUGAUGAUGUUACUGAUGGUGAUGUUACUGAUGACGAUGUUACUGAUGAUGAUGUUACUGAUGGUGAUGUUACUGAUGAUGAUGUUACUGACGGUGAUGUUACUGAUGACGAUAUUACUGAUGGUGAUGUUACUGAUGAUGAUGUUACUGACGGUGAUGUUACUGAUGAUGAUGCUACUGAUGAUGAUGUUACUGACGGUGAUGUUACUGACGGUGAAGUUACUGAUGAUGAUGUUACUGAUGACGAUGUUACUGAUGAUGAUGUUCUGUUACUGAUGAUGAUGUUACUUAUGAUGAUGUUACUGAUGGUGAUGUUACUGACGGUGAUGUUACUGACGGUGAUGUUACUGAUGAUGAUGUUACUGAUGGAUGUUACUGAUGAUGAUGCUACUGAUGAUGAUGUUACUGAUGGUGAUGUUUCUGAUGAUGAUGUUACUGACGGUGAUGUUACUGAUGAUGAUGUUACUGAUGAUACCGAUGGUGAUGUUACUGAUGAUGAUGAUGAUGUUACUGAUGAUGAUGUUACUGAUGAUACUGAUGGUGAUGUUACUGAUGGUGAUGUUACUGAUGAUGAUGAUGAUGAUACUGAUGGUUAUGUUACUGAUGAUGAUGAUGAUGUUACUGAUGAUGAUGUUACUGAUGGUGAUGUUACUGACGGUGAUGUUACUGACGGUGAUGUUACUGAUGAUGAUGUUACUGAUGAUGAUGUUACUGAUGGUGAUGUUACUGAUGAUGAUGUUACUGAUGGUGAUGUUACUGAUGAUGAUGUUACUGAUGAUAAUGAUGAUUUAAAAAUUAAAACCUAA